AUGACAAUUCUCAGUCGUCUGGCAGUCGGCGUGGCAUUAUUGGCCUUUCCGGAACUCAUUGAUGCUCACAGAGUUCCCGUUAAGAGACCAAACCUUCAAUGGGGACCCAAGUCGCCAGGACAUGCAUUUCCUCAUUCUCCUAAACGCCACAAGACAUGCUAUGUUCCGAGUUGCGGAAGUAACGACGCACCUGAGAUUCUCAAAGCUUUCAAGAGGUGCAACAGGGGAGGCACUGUGGUUUUAAACGAGGAGUAUGUGAUUGCCUCUCCUCUCGAUCUCACAUUCCUGGAGUCUGUAGAUGUGGCCAUCACAGGCACCAUCAAAUUCACGAACGACAUCGACUUUUGGGUGGUGAACUCAUUCAAGUACGACUUCCAAAACUCCUCUGCCUUCUGGCGCUUUGGAGGAAAAGAUGUCAAUAUCUACGGUGGGGGACACGGUUUGAUUGAUGGAAAUGGCCAAGCCUGGAUUGAAGAUGCGAAAUUCGCCCGAUGCAGGUAUCUCUUCGCCUAUUCAUCUGGAAUCGUUGCUAAUGUGGUUCAGUGGUUUAAUCUCAUUGCCAAUAGCAGUGACAUUCUGGUCAGCGAUAUCGACAUCGCAGUCAAGAGUGAGAGCAAGAAUCCGGCCAAGAAUGGCGAUGGAUGGGACACUUUUCGAAGCGAUUCAGUCGUUAUACAAGAUUCCUACGUGAAUAACAGCGAUGAUUGCGUAUCUUUCAAGCCGAACAGCACCAACAUCAUCGUGCAGGGCAUGCAGUGCAACGGCUCUCACGGGAUCUCAGUCGGCUCUCUGGGCCAGUAUCCGGCAGAGUAUGAUAUCGUCGAACACGUAUAUGUCUACAAUAUCUCGAUGUCCAACGCCAGCGACGGAGCUCGUAUCAAAGUGUGGCCUGGCACUGAUACUCCUUUUGAACCCGGUCUCUCUGGAGGUGGAGGGGCCGGAUACGUCAAGAACGUCACUUACGACACCUUUCACAACAAUAACAAUGACUGGGCUAUUGAGAUCAAUCAAUGCUAUGGCCAGAGUAACCAGACGAUCUGCGACAAGUAUCCUUCCAAUAUGACCAUCAGCGAUGUCGUAUUCAAAAACAUGUGGGGAACAACUUCGAAGAAGUAUGACCCUAAAGUUGGGACCCUGACAUGCUCGUCUACGGAGAGUUCUUUAGAAAAGCGUGAAUAUCGCGGCGAAGAACAUCUCGGUGGUUAA